AAACCGGGCCUGCCCUGUACGAGGUAACAAAAUUCAAUAUGGCUGCCGUGAUGUGGAAAAAAAGGACAGUGGACCAGGAAACACUCUCCAGCAUGUAGUAACGCGCCGUAGGAACCGCAAUCCCACCUUCCUGAGGACCACAAGGACGCGGGGCAGCGUGCUGAAGCCAUGGGGUCCCAGACACUCGAGAUAUUCAGACAGGGGGUGUGGGCUUCUCUGACUGGAGGCUGGUUCUUCGACCCUCACCAAGGCAUCUUCUGCAACACUUUCCACCUGUACCUGUGGUUGUUUCUCCUGUGUUUCCCCUUCACCCUGUACCUGGCCUUCCCUCCCUCCGUGGUUGUCUGGACGGUGUACUGUGGAGUCGUGGGGAUCCUCUUCACAACCAUCAAAGUCAUCAACUAUCGCCUGCACCUGAUGUUUGAUGGCGGGGAGGCCGUGGCCAAGGCUAAGGGCGGGGAGGGGGGUGCGAUCGAGGACAGCACCAGGGACGCUAACGGGCUGGAGGACGUCGCGCCGGACGCCAGAAGUAUCAGCAGUCACCACGACCAGCCGGACACACAGAAAAGUGAAGAGGGGAUAGAGAUGAAGGUAAUCCAGACGUCAGAAAACACCAUUACUCCACCUCUCGCCUGCAGCUCUAGGAAUUCUUUUGCUGAGCCUAAUGAAUCCAAGGAGGUUCUAGCAGAGCUGGAAACAAUAAAAAGUACAGAAGACCUGCGUGAGGAGCCUGACCCGUUACAUCACCACGUCCUGGAGGCCCUGCAGAAGAUUAACGACAUGACCCUCAGCAGUGACCUGGACCCGCCGGCCGCAGGGUCCGCAGAUCUCAUCCCCAUGGCAACCAUUACCGCCAAGUCCCCGGCAGUUGUAGAUGGAGAGGACGCCCCAGAGGACCAGACGGGCUCCUGUCAGGACCCCCCUCCCCAGCCUGACCCUGACCAGCCAGCCAGCCCGCAGGGGGAGGAACCCAACACUGAGGUCACCUCCAGCCUCACCAGUCAAAACACUUCUCUAGAGAUGGUGUCAGCUGAAGACGCCUCGCCUGUUGCCAUGCCGACCGGCUCUCCCCACGAGCAGCCCGCCAUUCUGAAGGAGGCGCGGUCCCAGGACCCUAUCAGGGAGCAGUACCUCCCCAUCCCCAGCAGUGGUAACACCCCAUUGGACGAGGACAAGCCAAUCAUGGAGCAGGACACAAAACAGCCCGGUUCUGAGACAGAAGGGGAGCAGCCACUGGCUACCAGCUCCUCUGUAGAUGCAACCCCUACAGAUAAUGAAGCUCCGCCUACAGUGAACACUGAGGAAGGUGAAACCACGCCGACAGAAGAGACGACAAUCCCCAGUGAGACCGACGUAGAGUUGCACUCUGAGGCACACACGGAGCCCACACAGUCAGAAACUGAGGAACCUGCUGAGGUUAGAACUCCUGCAGAAAUAGAGAUUAUAGACGAAACAAUGGAGAAAUUCCAAGAGAUUCAGGCCUCAGCAGAGGAGAAAGUUUCCUCGUUAUUAGACAUAGUUGAGAAGUUAGGAUCUGUGGGGGAGGAGAUGAAGAAAACCUUAGACUUGGGAGCGGAGGGCGGGUACCCUUCUCCCUUGGUAGAGGACCCCUGUAAGAUGACAGUAUCAGACUUAUCCCUAGAGAAGGACAACUUGAGCAAAAUUCGUCCCCACAAGCCCCUGACGAGGCUGUACCCGAAGGACAGGGACCCUCUGUGCAUACAGAGGACGCGGGGGGAUGGAGGCCUGGACCUGGAGAGCACCCAGUCCAGUCUGGAGCUGCCCAGUCACAAGGUGUCCACGGAGCAGCUGAAGGACCACGUCACCUCGGCCAGCUCUCCUAACGUCAGCACGGACAAGUCUGUCCGCCCCAAGUCCGCCGGCUCCAGCAGUCUCAAGAAACGGACCAGCCGGACGCGGCCCAAGCUGGAGAAGCUGCGCGCCGCUAGCUUAGACACCAGCGUGACGCUGAGCGACGCUCUCGGCGGUCGGACUAGUACCAGCUCCAUCCCCACCGGCUCCAGGGAGAUCGAGCUGAAGACGUUCAGAAUACUGAGGGACGGGGACUCCACCCUUCCGGCCGACCAGGACCGGCCGGAUCCGGAGUUCUCCCGCCUCUCGAGUCAGUCGUCGAGCACGCGGUCCAGCGAUCGUCCACUCAUCAGACGGACGUCGGAAACCAGCGGGGACAGCAGCUCGUGGGCGGCCACGACCGAUCCGCUGCUUCCCGCGGCCUCUCAGAGCGCCGACGUGACGGUAGAAAACAAGGGCAACAAGUCGGGAACGAAGCUGGACUCCAAGAGAAAAAGGAGGCCCAAGUCGAAGUCGGACCUGGAAGCGAAGGGCCGGGACGUGGAGAGUAAUGCUGCGGCGCUGGAGGCGUUGUCCAGGGUGGGGGCGAUAACUGUUAAGGACUCGAGCGGAGGCAGUCGCACACAGAACACUGCAGGCGGUUUGAACUGGUUAUUCACACCUGGCGAGGAGGAUGAUGAUGAUGACGAUGAUGACGAUGAUGAUGAUAUGGACAACUCCACAUUAGACUCCCAGUCGAGGUCAGUGUCAGCGGAGACCACGAGCACGGUGAGGUCGGAGGACAGCGAGGUUCCCGCGGCCGUCCCGAGCCACUCCCGCGCCAGCGAAGGCGCCAUUCCCAAACGCAGGUCAGCCUCCGGUGCAGGAGGGUCACGGCGGAGGGGCCACAGGGACUCAGGGUCAUCCCCCAGGCGGAUACUGGAUGACCGUGGGCUGGGGCUGCUGGACAGCCCGUCAGACAGCCCCUCCACGCGCCUCACUAAGGUACUGCAGCGAGUUCUGGCAGAGGAGACUGACCACCUGGAUAUAACUGAUAUAGGAUCAAGUUCCCGUAACAGGCACCGCAACUCCGGCUCUCGAAGACGGCGCCACCGGCACAGGGACACCCCCACCUCCUCUCCGCUGCCCGACCCC